AUGCCGCUUUGGUGGACCCACAUCCGCUUGCUCCUGUGGAAGGACGUCUUCACGUACCAGUUUAGGCGGCACACGUUUGUGACCAUGCUGGAGCUCCUGCUCCCAGCCUUCAUCACCUACGUGUACACAUACGUCGCUUCGCUGACCAACACCUCCGCAGCUAGGAAAGAUUCCAGGAUGGGCACCGAUGUGUUUGUCUGGGCAGCUUCAUACCUCUGCGCCGUCUCAAUGGAGAGCGAUAACCUGAUCUCGAUGGAGGGCGACGACGCAUACGACAUUCAGCAACCGUCCGAGGCGUUCGACAAGGAGCUGCUGUUGCCGGGCGACGUUGAGGAGCAGAGCGCCACUCGCCAAGACGCUGUGUACCUUAAGAUCAUGUUCCGCAUAUUUCCCUGCGUAGUCAGCAUGUGCAUGAUCCAGCCUUUCCUAGUGAAGAAGACCGCCUCGGAGCUGUGCUCGGGCGCUAAGGAGCUGAUGGUGACCAACGGGCUGUCCGAGUUCAUGUGGUGGCUGGGUAACUUCAGCUGGUCCUUCAUCAUUCUCCUGAUGGGUGCGCUACCUGCAAUCGUCCUCACCAAAACGCACACGCUGCUGCCGCGCUCGAGUAUCGUCCUGUUGAUCCUCGGAGUGAUGCUGCAUUGCGCAUCGAGCUCCUUCUUUUCCCUCGUCGUCGCCACGCUGGUGCCCAGGCCGUCGGUGGGCCUGGUCACCAUGUCGUUCGUGGUGUUCGGGUCCCUGGUCGUUCCAUUCGGUCUAGCAUCGGUCGUUCCGUCCACCGUGACUCGUAGCAGUGCGCUGGAUAGGUUCAUGACCGUCUGCCUUUUGAUGCCAAACGUGGCCUUCAACUACUUCCUCAUAAAUGCCAGCGACCUCGACUAUCAUGGAGGACCUGGUGCGCAAUUCUUCAACAUAGGCCGCGUGGGUCUGCAGGGCACCAGCGUGUACCGUGCGGUACACGCCAUGUGCGGCUCGUGUCUGCUCAGCGCUAUGCUGUGUUGGUACCUGAGCAGAGUGUGGCCACACAGCUACUCGUUCCCGGAAAAGUUCUAUUUCUUCCUUCAGCCUACGUACUGGGGUAUCUGGCGAAGCGUCGACCUCCCGGGGGAAGGCCUGAGUGAGAUCAAAGAGAACGCGAUGCUUUUUGAGCCUUUGCGUGAGCAGAAGCAGGCGCAUCUCGUCAUCUACAAGCUGAGCAAGGUCAUUGAUCCGUUGUACCUGAAGCAUUACAUCAUUAACAACGUCACGAUUAAGUGUUUCAUAGACAGCAUAACAGUUAUACUGGGAAGAAACAGAUGCGGAAAGUCGGUGCUGAUCCGAAUGCUGGCAGGUGCGAUAAAGCCUUCGUCGGGGACGGCGUUCUUCGAUGGUGCAGACAUGCGCACGAAUGUCUCCAAAGUGCGGUCGAACAUCGGCUACUGUCCACAGAACAGCACUCUCGUCCCAUUCCUCACGGUGGAGGAGAACCUGCUGUUCAUCGCAUACUUGCGCGACGUUCUUCAGUCUUCAGAUGACGACUCUGUUCAGAUGGAAGAUCCUCGAUCUUCUCAGAUUGACGACCUGAUAUUGACGCUCCUGAUGCAAUUCCAGCUUAUCGAUCAGAGGGACAGCCUUGCGAGCAAGAUCACCUACGCCGAGCAGCGGCGUCUGCAGGUGGCCAUGACCCUGCUUAAUAACCCACAGUUCGCCUUCUUCGACUGCCCUACAGAAGGAAUAGACUCGGACUCGCGCAAUGUGAUCUGGGACGCCAUACUCAAAUCCCGCCCCCAGACCACGGUGGUGCUCGCCACGAACAGCACCGACGAGGCUGAGAUUCUGGGAGACCGCAUCGCCAUCAUAUCCAAGAGCCUGAUUAGCUGCUGCGGCUCGGCCAUUUACCUGCGAAAGAAAUAUGGGCAGGGCUACCGGCUGCAGCUGGCCGUGUCUUCCAAGUGCGAUAAGUCGCUGGUCUGCUCGUUCGUCGAGAAGAGGCUGCAGACGGUGCAGAAAGUGCUCGAGCGGCGCAACAUGCUCGUCUACUCGCUCGGCUUCACCGGCGCCGACGACAUCGUGCGCCUGCUGCAGCAGCUCGAGGACAACCGCAUCAAGCUGCGUGUCAGGAGGAUCUCCAUCAGCGCAUCCGCGUUGGAGGACGUGCUGCUCAGGCUGGACGAGACACUCGAGAAGGACGACGCCAGCAGUAUUACGGAGGAAGAUAAGAGUGAGGUGGUGUCUCCGGACGCGAAGCCGCCCGAAAUACGCGGGGACAUUUUCCGAGCCCAGAUCGGCGCCAUUAUGACCAAGAAGACGACGUAUCUGCGGCGCAGCUACGUGGUCGUGCCGGUGCUGCUUCUCCUGCAGCUGCUGAUGCUGGGCGCCGAAGAGCUGUACCUGCACACCGGCACGCUGGCAUGGACACGCGUCGAAGGAUUGUUCUCCGAUUUCAAGAAGCCCCAGGGAACGCCGGAGAAGGUGAACGAGGCCACGGUAGCAGCGGUGGAGAGCGCGGCGUUCGAGCUGCACACGGCCAUCUUCGCGCAGCGACUAGCCAGCAUGGUGCUGAUUCCCAUGUCGCUGUCGCUAACUAGCUCGGCUUACGUCGACCUGCCCGUCAAGGAGCGAGUGAGCGGACUCAAGCUGUUGCAGCUCAUGACCGGCCUGUCCUCCGAGCGAUACUGGCUGGUCACCUUUGCCACCGAUCUGCUCACGCACAGUGUGUCCUCUCUGAUCUGCACGCUGCCUCUGCUGUUCCUCGACCGCGACUUGUGGUACUGCAGGGACCACUACAAGCUUGGCACUACAUUCGGGCUGUUCUUUAUGUUCGGUUGGGCCUUCUUCCCGGUGACGUACAUCUCAUCUCUAAUGUUUGAGUCGUCCCUGCUCGCUUACUUCUCUCUCGUCAGUUUCGGAGCGCUCUUCGGCACGGUGAUGAACGUUGGCAUCAGCGUGUUCGCACCACGGACGGUGUCGACGUACCUGCCGAGGCGUGAUGUGGACGGCUACUUGGAAAUCGGUUCGCUGCCUCUGCGCAUCAUGCCCCAGUUCACGCUGGCCCGCGGCACGGGACAGUUGCGCACCGCGUACCUCGAGUACGCCUCGUGCUGCCACCUGGGGGCCGAGUUCUUGAAGCACGUCUGCAGCCACGUCUUCGACAGCCCUUCGACACGCGGCGAGGCAUACGUCAUUUCCAGAAUACUCAAGUGCUGCAACGUUCAAUGCAACCACAUCUGUCCCGUAUACGAGGAGCAUCACGCCCGCAUCACGCCGGGCAGCAACUCGCACGUGUGGGACCUGACCAUUUUCUUUCUGAGCGGACUGCUCUACCUAAUGCUGGUCAUCGGCUGGGACAUGCAAACGCAGGGAAAGUUUGACGCGCACACCCUCGACGCCUUCUUCGCACAGGAGCCAGAAAAAUCGGACAAGGCCGGCGGUAAGGAAUCGACCAGCGAGGAGAAAAGCGUGCAGGAGGAGAAGCAGUUCGUGGCUGGUCUCAUGCGCUACCUCCUGAAAGUGGACAAAAACAGAGCGGCGAAAGCUAGCCACUCCUCCGAAGGGGGGGAUGCCGCCGCCCACACCCGCUCCGGCGAGGCAGCCGAACAUCCUCAAGGGGAGCCGAACCGUGCACCCGCCGGUCUCGUGGUGCUCGAGGCGACCAAGACGGGCACGCUGGGCCCUCUCAGCUUCCACGUGCCACCGGCCGAGGUGUUCGGCAUCCUCGGUUUGGGUCAGGCCGGCCGGUCGCUCCUGCUGCGCAUCAUCGCAGGCAUCGUGCGUCCCGAUGCCGGUAACGUCUUCAUCAACGGCAUCGACGCUCGCCGCAGGCCACUGAACUACCAGCAGCAGGUGGGAUACUGCCCCCAACAGGACCCUCUGCUGGACAAGUACACGGGCGAAGAGCUGGUGCUUCUCAUGGCGCGGCUGCGCGGCGUGCAGAAGCAAGACCUGCAGGCCGAAGUGCGCUACCUGGACUCUCGCUUCGGACUGCGCAAGGCGCUCUCACUCAUGAUCUACAACUGCUCAAGCACGCACCGGCGCAAGCUGACCGUGGCCAUGGCGCUGGCGGGUCGGCCGCCCGUGCUCGUGCUGGACGAAUGCACGGCGGGUGUGGACCCGGCCGCCAGGAGCCGCCUGUUCCAAUCGCUGGGGAAAGUGCACGACGAGUGCAACCUCACCGUGCUUUUCACCUCGCGCCGCAUGUCCGAGAGUGACAUAUUCUGCGACCGGCUGGCCAUCCUAUCGUACGGCAGCUUCAUGGUUGUCGGCCGCACGGUCGACAUCAAGCAGACGUGCGGCCAGCGCUGCAACGUGGUCAUCAAGAUGAGCAGCGACCAGCACGGGAAGAAGGUCUCCAAAAUGAUCUCGCGCGCCGUCGGCGACAUGUUUCCCAACUCCGUGAUCGCCGAAGUCCGAAAGGACCAGGUCUGGUUCCGUAUCCGGGACGACGCCAUCUACUGGAGCGAGGUGUUCGAGGGCCUGGAGACGCUCAAGAAGCGCCUGAAGUUCGGUGAUUACCUGCUGAACGACAUGUCGCUGGGCGAGAUUUACCUGGGAUACGCGCGCGAGAGGAAGAUGGUCGACUUCGGCACCAUCGAGAUCAAGUACUUCGACAAGCUCAAAGCGCCCAUGGAGCUCGAGGCCGUUACGCCCGGAGCAAGCGCCGCUGCGGGCGCGCCGCCACCGCCUCAGGCCAGCAAUGCCUGACGGUCAAGACGCGUUGUGCCACGUGCGGCAAGGCGCGCCUGAACAGCACCUGCAGCGCGCGAGCUCGCACCAUAUCUGCGCUGCGCCGCUACAAGACUGUUGCAUAUAAUACACAGAUCUUUCACGCAUAAUAAUUAUUUCUAUCGCUCACCCUUCAAGUGUGGAAAAAGACUGUUGAAAAGCACUUACGCUGUCCUCGUUGGAAAGCGUUCGUUCGUUCGUUCGUUAUUUAUUUAUUU